GCCGACUUAUCUCAGGACGAAGACGAUGAUGGUGAUUUCAAUAUUCUUACGGUGCAGAAAAGUAUCGAUGUGGACGAUGACACACACGCAGCGAAUAUAAACCAGCUUAAUUUCGAGAAGAACGAUUUCGAUCAGCUAAUGUAUAAUGAAAGCCUGGAAACUAAUGAUGUAAAUUCGAGUACUGAACAAUGUGAACCACUAAGUCAGACGCCUCCACGUCCGAGUGUUAAAUCGCGGCUUGGCGUCAGGCCCACCAAACGCGUGGGGAAUCGCGGAAAACAAUCUCAGCAGAAAGCGAUUCAAAAGCGUGGCAAAACCUAUCCUUACAAUAUAAACGGUCGUAACAACAGUAUGGAAAACUACAAUCAAAACCGCGUGUCUGCAAAUUUCCAUCGUGGUCUAGAAGCCUAUAAUAAAUUUCGUGAGCGUAACGAAAGCUUUGGUGAAUCGCAAAACGUAUUAAAUAUCCCAAAUAGUCAUGUCCAUAUUGAAAACUUGGGUCCCAAUGGACCCAUCUUUAAUGGCAGAUCCAAUACUGAUAAUUUUAAUUUGAACAGCAACUUUAUGAUGCGCUCGAAUCAUAUGAACACCUCCGAUUCAAACAGCUUCGGCGGGCUGCUCCCGAAUAACCAAGGCCCCGUUAAUUCGAAUAGCCGCGUCGGGAUGUUCUCGAAUAAUCAAGGAUCUGCAAAUUCAAACAGGAUCGAGUGUAUGCUGCAGAAUAACCAAGAACACGUGAAUUCGAACGGCUACGAUGGGUUGCUCUCGAAUAAUCCAGUACCUGUCAAUUCCAACGGCUACGGCGGGCUGCUCUCGAAUAAUCCAGGACCCGUGAACUCGAAAGGCUACGGCGGGUUGUUCUCGAAUAAUCCAGGACCCGUGAAUUCGAAAGGCUACGGCGGGUUGUUCUCGAAUAAUCAAGUUGCCGUCAAUUCGAACGGCCACGGCGGGUUGCUCUCGAAUAAUCAAGUUGUCGUCAAUUCAAACGGCCACGGCGGAUUGCUCUCGAAUAAUAUGAACAGCUACGACGGGAUAGGCUUGAAUCAUCCGAACACCAGCAGACGCGAUAUCAUUGCAAACAAUUGGAACAGCAGUAUCGAGAUGAACUCGACGAAGCGAAUCCCACCCAAUAACUUUUUACUCGUGAAUCGUCAGGAGCUAUUAGUCGACGGCUCAUCAUCAUUGAGUGUUGGUCCAGCUCGUCCAGCUCGUGGUAUGUUUAUAGGUGAGGCGCUUGGUAUGACUCUAAGCGAUUGUAAAACGGUCGAUGUGCAUCAAGUUACCCAAAACGUGUUGAGUUUGCUGUCUAAUGCUGAAAAGGAUUCCGAAAGCAAGACAAACUAUGGGGUCCAUAAUAAAAGUACAUCGCAGCAGCGCGAUUCGUGAAACUGGAUGCCAUGCAAGAAAGUAUUGUACCAUCUUGUCGCCGGAAGUAUAAUUAAGAGUUCAUUAUGACAAUAGGUUAAAUAUAAAUAUUCAAACAUGGAAGAAUAUUAGCGGGCACCCGGUCGUGCCGGACGAGUGUGAAUGUGCGUUGGUGUAUUGCAGGGCAAGAAGAAGAGUAGGGUCGAGUGGUGCAGUGAAUGGCACUCCAGAGAUCGAACAAGAUUUGAGUUUGUUUUUUAUAUAUGUAUUUUUACAGCAAAAGGCGAAUGUUCAUACAGAAGCGAUUCGCCGACGGAGGAACAGAAUAAAAUAAUAAUCAAUCAGUUAAUCUGCUUCAUAGUUAGAACGUGGAAGUGACAUAGCUGAGUGGAUAGGGAGCUCAAGACCAUUUAUUGCACGCAACGCCGCGAAGUGAAUAAUUAUUUUGUUUUCAGAUCGAAUGCCGGCAUACGACAAUUAGAAGAACAAAGAAAAUCUGACCCCAUUAUUUUUAGUUUUGUAAAAUCAAAAAGAAAAGGAAAAAUAAACGUUAAACUUUCAAAUAAAUGUUUGCUGUUCGCCUGUGCCCACCAUGUUGAAAUCGAAGCAAUUCCUGCAGCGAUUUUUCGAAGAAUAUGCCAAGUUUACGCCUGCGAACUUCAAGCUUAAGCGGGCUUUGGUGGUGACGAAACUCUCGCGCUAUGAAUUCGAGCAGCUGCGGCAUCCGGGACUGUCGAAGGAGCAGCUGGAGCAGAAGCUGCGCGAUCGGGGCACCGAUGUGGAGAUGGUCCUCUGUCUGCACAAUCUGCACAAGGACUUCGAGCGGCGUAUCGUGCAGAGCUUCCAGGAUGUCGGGUGCGAGGUCAAGCUGUCCAGCAGACUUGAAUUUAGAAGCUCAUUGAGCAAAGAUGUCAUGAGCUGGGCGGAUGUCAUCGUUCCUGUUGGCGGUGAUGGCACCUUUCUGCUGUCCGCCGGUCGCGUCAGUCCCCUCUUUGCCCUCAGCCAGCAGAAGACGCCCAUUGUGGGCUUCAACUCUGAUCCGCUCCACUCGGAGGGUCGUCUCAUGCUACCCAAGCACUAUUCGGACAAUCCCGCCGAUGCAGUGGCGCGCAUUAAGAGCGGCGAAUUCAAGUGGAUGCAUCGCUCAAGAGUCCGCACCACGCUGCUGGGCAGCAAUGGCAAGAUUCCGGAGUCCACGGAUCUGUUCCGACAUACAGAAGUGAAGAUGGAGCAGGUGACAACGGAUCCCGAAAUGCUGGAUAAUCACAUGGCCACCAAAUACAAAGCAAAGAUGAAGCGCAUCCUACCCUAUUUAGCUCUGAACGAGGUUUUCAUUGGCGAGCACAUUUCGUCCCGUGUGUCCCAUCUGCAGCUUGUGCUCAAUCAUCAGGACGUGGUAAACAAAACAAAAUGUUCCGGACUGUGCGUUAGCACUGGCACCGGCUCCACAUCGUGGCACACAAGCAUCAAUCGCAUCACCAGCCGCGACGUUGACGAUUUGCUUCAAUCGCUGCCCAAUAGCAACUCUGCCGAUGUGCUCCGACUACGCGAGAAUACUCAGGAGAUCGCCCAUCGGUAUAACCAAGGGCUGCUCUUCGCACCGGACGAUCCGCGGCUCUGCUACUCGAUCAGGGAGCAGAUCUGUGUGGGCGUUUGGCCCUCGCCGAAGACAUUUAAGAAGCGAGAUUUCGUGCAGAAUGUGUUCGUCAAGUCGCACUGCAUCGAUGCCAAUCUGGUCAUAGAUGGCAGCAUAUCCUAUCCAUUCAACGAUGGCGCCAAGGCAUUGCUUGAGGUCCAUCCCGAAGAUGCCCUCCUGACGAUCGCCCUAGACUGAUUUCUGAUGAAGCAAGAAGCGUAGUAAAGUAAAGUGCCUGGCUCUCUAGCCGUAGCAUGUCUGAAAUUUUAAAAUUAUUUAAGUGUGCAAUUUGCAGACUACUUAGAAGUUUAAGCUCAAAAGUUAUUUUGUUAUUAUAUAAACAUUUAUUUAAAAAUG